UUCACGAUGGGUGCCGACAACACUGAGAUGCCCUUGAGCAGCCCCGUUGAGGCGUCCCCGCAAGAGCGGAAUGCUCUGCCUCAAUACGGGUUUGGAGCCGACGUUGGCUUCGAGCAGCUCAUUGACAGCAACCCAUUCCUCUUUCGAGUACACACACCGAAAGAGCCAUCACCCUUCUACGACAACACCGAACCGUACUUCGUCGGUCAGGCAUUCCAAGAUAGCGUCGGUGCGUUGGCGUUCCGUCCCUCGACCGUUUCGCCUUAUCAGGCCCCAUCGACACAUACAUACGCCGACGUCUCGAAGCACAUGGACUGGACGACCAAAGCAUCAUCGCCUUACGUCUCCACGUCGUUCAGUUUCGCCUGGGCGAUCUGGGAAGCGACAAGGCGAUAUCAUCAUGGCAUGAAGCAUGGUGUGGAGAUUGCGAUCAUAGACGCGAAGGCCUUGUCCGGCAAGGCUGUCACGGCAGUCGAGCUCUUGCAUCAAGGUGCUCGCAAGGAUCGGCACCCAGAUCAUUGGAAGUGGUGGCGAUAUGCGCAUGAGGCUCAGGACGUUCUCGUCUGGGGUUACAUUCCCGGUACGGCAGUCCUCGCAUCGAUCCCCCUCACGCAGAUCCUCUCAAAGCUGCCGUCGUACUUCCUCAAUCCCGAUCCGUCCAUCCUGAAGGACACCCCGAUAAGCCGCGUGGGCUGGGAGUACGAGCGCAAGAAGUACUCUUAUCGGAUGUUCUGCCAGGAUAUGUCAGAGCGUUUCCUACGCAUGCCGGCCGACCGCCGUGUCCGCGAUACAACCGCUGGCGCCGUGCGCCUCGCGAUCACCCUCCUCCGACCUUGGUUUCAUCGCCUUGCGACGGACGACUUCACGACCGCCACCGCCGUCGCAUGCGACUUCGCCCAGUGCAUCGCGCGCUGGCCGGGACUGUGGUGGGUGCGUGAACACCCCGAGAUCAAGGACCUGAUCAGGUGUCUCGUCCACAUCGUCGGCGAGGAGGCGCGCGAGGCUCGCCGGACGCAGGCGCUUGCGGACGCGACGCGCAUGCAGGACAUCGUCGGCGGCCUCGAGCAGCUCGCACGUACGUUCCACGAGCGCCCUGACACGCGCUCUGCGCGCUCGUCGUUCACCAUGGCCUCUACGUCCUCCACCGCGUCUGUCGUCGAUGAGGACGAGACGAAGGUGGACAGGGACUUAGCGUCUUUCGUGCUCAAGCCGAUCCUCACGGAGGGGAAGUCCUCCUUCCAGGUCGUUCGGCCGCCCGUCUUCUCUCCUCCUGUCUCGUCGUCGAGCUCGAAGCUCGCGCCACCGCCAGAGAGCGUGGAACCCGCGGAGGAGGCGAAGGUUGACAACCCUGUCAGCGCGUCUGGGGAAAGUCAGACGGCGAAAGGGAAGAAGAAGGCCAACGAUGGAUCACACGUCGACAAGGUCACGUCCCCCAUCUCCCCCAUCGCGGACGUGGCGCGCAGAUUCCUCGGCUCGACGCUGGGCUCUGCGACUGGAGCUCGCGCGGCUCAGAGCGACUUCUUCUCCAAGGAGUUCUACGCGCGGACCGCGUCGACGUUCCUCACGGGCUUCUUUCUCGGCACGUUCAUCACCCUCUGCAUGCUCUCCCCUCAGCGGAGGGAGAUCGCGAACCACUUUACGUGAGCGGAUGGAUGCACGCUGGCUGGUCUUGUGCGCGUCUCUGCUUUGUUGAGUCGAGCGAUCUUCGUUUCCUUUCAUAGUUCUGUGCUCGCAUUCUAUCCCUUUCUUCCUUCUAUAUCUCAUAUCCCGUCAUCUCGAUUUUGGUCUCCUAACUUUGUCUCUUCUCAUCCUCGCGUCUUGACGACCCUCGCGCUCCGUCUUCGGCUCCUUGUCAUAUUUGGAUUGGGAUUUUCGGCCUGUUUUCGACCCUCUCGGUAUGUCAUCGGAACUCGAUCCAUACAUGAGACGAGAUAUCGGGCCAUAACUUAUUACCUUCGCGUUCGUUUUGAUCCCCACCGUUGUUGUUGUAGCAUUAUUAUCUCCGGAAGACACAGUCGCCCAUGUACUAUCACUUCUACAUGCCUAUGCCCCUAUGCCAUCGUAUGCUCUUACGGAUCUAAACC